AUGACAGCCCUCCGAGCCCCCAAUCACCCUUCCAUCUUAACUGGACUCUUUGAGCCAACCGCAAACUCCAUACCUGAAGCCCAAAGAGGAAACCAAUAUGGCGUUCUCAACACUCCCAGCUUUUUUCAAUGUGCCGGAUACAUGAAUCAGCAACUCACGGACUUCGAGGUCAUUUUAGUUACUAAUACGGCACUAAACAAUGUCCUUGAGGCUGGUGCAUGUUACUUAAUCAGUGGUAGGCUUAUAUCCUUGAACGACGGGUCAACCCCAACUCUCACGUACAAUCACGACACAGUAGUUCGAAUUGCUGGUCCUGGAACAUCCGGCCCGGAAUUAACUAAUAGAACCUCUGCUGUUGGACUCGGUCAUGUUGUGGAAAGAGCUGAAGUCUUAGCCGGAGAAGCUGAUGGUGGCCCCCGACUUGAAGUUGUAGUAGCUCAUAACAAUUGGGACGCUAUAGUACCUAGUACUGCUUGGGGGGUACCCUUCACACCCGCCCCGCACCCGUCAGGAGGUGCCAGGUACCUAGGUACCGCUACAGGUACCCCCUCACUUCCCUACCAAAAUGAUGGUGGCCUUCUACUCCAGGAACUCCAAGAAGGUACCUUGGCUACAUGGAAACAGGGACUCAAGGAUAACAAGAAGUCUAACCAAAAAUCAAAAAGGAAGGUGAUAGUUUUGGACAACGAUGAAGAUUCUUCUAAUUAG